AUGUACUGGGUGUGCUACAUGGCGGUAGUCCUCGUGGCUGGUCUUGCCACAGCCCAGACAACCGAAAUCGAGAAGACGUACUACGUCGGCGUAGCCACGUCGGCUGGUGUGCCUGGCUUUGGGCAUCCGGGUCCCUCGUCCAGUGCGCCCAACUACCUCGGACUCUCUGAGACCUCGGGUGGACCGUACAACGUCCUUGCCGCACCCAUCUUUACCCGCGAUCGCAAGUACCAGUUUGUCAUCGAAGGCACGGCGACGUUCUACCUCUCGACUUCGUCGAGUGGCGGCAACCCGGGCGUGGACGCCAUCAACCCGUCGUCGCCCAGCGACGUGGUGACCGGCGGCACUUGGAGCGGAAACGCGCAUGUGGGACAGGCCGGAGACACGCUUGUGUUUUCGCCGACAACGACGACGACGCCAGACUCGUUCUACUACCAGGAUGCAGUCGAGACGAGCAUGGGGUACUUUGCUCAGGCCAUCGACUGCGUGUCGAUUGACCCGUCGCCGGUCAAGCUUCUCUCGCCGGCCAACGGGACGACCAACUUUCGGAUCGGCACACCGCUGGUGUGGGAGCCUGUGGCGUCGUUUGGCCGGCGGUGCCCGGGCGAUCCGUUGCAGGGCGGCGUGAGUGCGGCCGACGUGACGGCCGGCAAGUACCCGCAGUACCGGAUUCUGUUUGCCGAAGGCCGCGGAGUGCUGGAUGUGGCGGCGAAUCUGACGCUGGCGCCUGCGCAAGGCCUUCGCGACAUUGCGCCUGACGUGCCGCAGUAUCCGCUGACGUCUGCAUCGAUAGUGCCCGGGCGGACGUACUCGUGGGCGAUUCUGGCGCUCAAUGGGGCGCGGUCGUCGAUCUCGCCGACGUUCACCUUUACGACGCAGGUCGAGGAGGUGCCGGUCAACGGAACGACGCUGGACAACGGCGGCGUGCUGCAGGACCGAAUUUUCCCGGAUGUGCCGGCGUCGUUCUCCAAGUACAAGUACUACUCGAUUGACGUGGACUCGCCGGGCGGGACGCUUCUCAUUGUGGGCUCUGCGUCACCGCUGCAGGUGGCGAACGCGCCGUCGCAGGGCGCCAUCAACCUGUUUGUCACGGCCUUUAACGUCACGCACCCGCAGCAGACGAUCAAGCAGCCUACAGCGGCCGGCGGACGGUUCCAGUUCCGGUCGCAGGAGGACGUGUCGCUGACCUCACGGAGGUCGGUCCGCGUGCCUGUUGCGGACGCGCCGGUGUACUACAUCGGCGUAGAGGCGUCGGGCGGGUCGGCCACGUUUGCGCUCACGGCGCUGUAUCAGUGCCCGCUCACGUCUGUGCAGAACUCGGCGUCCGGCACGGCGUGCACGGCGUGUCCGGUCAACAUGGAGGCGCUGUUUCCGGGCGCCGUCGGGGCACCGUCGGCGGCCUGCCGGUGCCAGAAGGGCUUCUACGGGCCUGUGGGUGGGCCGUGCACGCGGUGCCCGCGCGGCGGCGUGUGCGACGGCUCGGAGCUGCCGUCGGGCACGGUCGGGUUCUGGGCGUCGCCGGACGACCGGUCGUUCUUCUUCACCUGCCCGCUGCCGUCGUCGUGCCUGGGAGGGCCAGACUCGCGGUGCGAGGAGGGCUACGAGGGCCGGCUCUGCUCCAACUGCAAGAGCGGGUACUACAAGCUCAACUCGCAGUGCUACAAGUGCCCGUCGUCACCUGGGGUCACGUUUUUCUUUGGCAUCGCCAUCCUCGGCCUCUUCCUUGUUCUCUGCGUCGAGCUGGCGCGGUGGUACCGCAAGAUCUCGUCGGUCACGGUCUCGAUCAACUUUAUCCAAACGGUGGCCAUUCUCCCGCUGUACCAGCUCAAGUGGCCGCAGUAUAUCAAGGUCUUCUUCAACGACCUCUCAGGCUUCAACCUCAACCCGCAGCUGACUGCUCCCGAGUGCUCGUUCACCGGCAUGUCGUGGUCGCAGCAGUGGAUCUUCACCAUGUUCUUCCCUGCCCUUGUGGCCGCGUUUAUGAGUGUGGUGUACGUCGUUGUCUGGCUGCUCCGCCAGUGGCAGCUGGCCAAGUCGUACGAGCGGCCGAUCAAGACCUCGCGGGCGUGGGACAUUAUUGUGCCGACGUACGUCACUUUCCUGCUCUUCUUCUACAUCUCGAUUUCGCAGGCCACCGUCUCGUUCUUUGACUGCACCGAGCAGGGCGACAACACGUUUACCCUCGACGCGUCGGCAGACAUCCUCUGCUACUCGUCUGAUUGGUUCACCCUCCUCCCGCUGGCCGUCCUCGGCUUCCUCAUCUACGUCAUUGGUAUCCCAGUUGCGCUCUUCUCGGCGCUGUACAUUCGCAAGAACAAGCUCUACGACGUCUCACGCAAGGGCCAGCAGAUGUACCGCUGGCUCGGCCCGGUCUACCUCCGGUUCCAUGUCCGAUACUACUGGUGGGAGAUGGUGGUCUUUGCGCGCAAGCUCUUCCUCAUCGCCGCCGGCUCGUUCCUCACCGGCUUUACACUCUUUCAGUCGGUCACCGCCGUCUUUAUCCUUGUCGUUGCCCUGUGGAUCCAGCUCCUGGUCUACCCGUUUGCCUACCAAAAGGCCAACUGGCUCGAGGCUCUGCUCAACUUUGCCCUCAUUGUCCUCUUCCUCAUGGGCAUCCUCUUCCAGUCGGGCACCCUUCCCGACGCCUCGGGCAUGCCCGAGUUCAUCUUUGGCGUCGCCGUUGUCCUCUUUACCGUCUGCCUCGCCGCUGCGCUCUACUGCGUCGGCUGCGAGCUCCGCGACGUCUACCGGCCCAUCACUGACGAGGACCUGCUCAUCAUGCAGAAGCAGCUCGGCAAGCACGAGCUCGAGCACGCCCACUCGACCGCCGACGUCUCGGUUGCCCGCGAGGCCCCGACCCUUGUUGACGAGGACUUUUCCGACGACGAGUCGUAG